ACAGGGAGGGAAAAAAAGUACUUCUGCCAAUAUGUUCAUUGCAUGUGUUGUUGUCCAGCUUCAUAUAUGAAAAUAAAAAACCGGGUUUGUUUUAUUUAUUAGAAAAGUUUUCUUCUCAAUUUGAUAAUGCGUGUGUUGUAGAAGAAAAUGGGGAACGUAACGUCGAAUGUGGCUGCAAAGCUUGCAUUUUUCCCACCAGACCCACCAACGUAUGAAGUUUGCAGGGAAGAAAAUGGGAAGCUGGCCAUGCCGGGGGUGACGGCUGACAAAAAUAUGGAUGUCAAUUUAAUCGACACCAAAGGUGGGAACAAGAUCGUGGCCACGUUUUGGAGACACCCUUUUGCCAGGUUCACCCUUUUGUAUUCGCAUGCCAAUGCUGCUGAUAUUGGCCAAAUGCAUGAAUUGUUUUAUGAACUCAGAGCCCACCUUAGGGUCAAUAUUAUGAGUUAUGACUAUUCAGGCUAUGGAGCAUCAUCUGGCAAGCCGACUGAGCUCAACACAUAUUAUGACAUAGAGGCAGUGUACAAUUGUUUGCAGAAGGAAUAUGGGGUUAAGCAGGAAGACUUAAUACUUUACGGCCAAUCCGUCGGAAGUGGACCAACUCUACACUUGGCUGCUCGUUUACCUAAACUACGUGGAGUCGUUCUUCAUAGCGCUAUCCUUUCCGGCAUUCGAGUCUUGUAUCCUGUUAAGAUGACAUUUUGGUUUGAUAUAUUUAAAAAUAUAGACAAAAUACGGCGUGUCACUUGUCCGGUUCUAGUUGUGCAUGGUACAAACGACGAGACUGUUGAUUGGUCUCAUGGGAAGCGAUUAUGGGAACUUUCGAAGGAAAAGUACGAGCCUUUAUGGGUUAAGGGAGGCGGCCAUUGCAAUCUGGAAUCAUAUCCGGAAUACAUUCAGCACCUAAAUCAGUUCAUAAACGCAAUGGAGAUGAAUUCCAUCAGAAGAUCAAAACAACUUACUCCUAACCGCAGUAUUACAGAACCAAAACACGACAAAUGCUUGAGAUUCAAGAAAAGGGUGGCUGCUUUGAAAAAGGGCUGUUGCAUUGUCCCCAAGAAUCGAUCCUCUUGA